AUGGCCGCGAAGUCCUUCCCCGCCGGUAUCCACGUGCCCAGCUUGACCUGGUUCGGCGAUGACGCCGGCCAGGAGAUUGACUGGGCUGUCCAGUCCAAGCACCUCGAGUUCUUGGUCAAGUCCGGCCUUCACGGUGUUGUUCUCGCUGGCACCAACGGCGAGGCCGUCACCCUGACCAACGAUGAGAAGACCAAGCUCGUCCAGGAGACGCGCGAGAUCGCCGUCGCCGCCGGCCGCCCCGACCUGACCAUCACCCUCGGCUGCGGCGGCCAGUCCACGCGCGCCGUCAUCGCCGAGACGAAGCUGGCCAAGGACGCCGGCGCCGACUACGCCCUGGUCCUGGUCCCCAGCUACUUCCACUUCGCCAUGAACGAGGCCGCCAUCGUCGGCUUCUUCGAGGAGCUCGCCGACGCCAGCCCCGUCCCCAUCAUCAUCUACAACUUCCCCGGCGUCGCCGCCGGCCUCGACGUCAACUCCGACAUGCUCUCCCGCCUCGGCAAGCACCCCAACAUCGUCGGCGUCAAGCUCACCUGCGGCGGCAUCGCAAAGGUCGCCCGCGUCCGCGCCGAGUUCGAGCCCUCGCAGUUCUUCGCCCUCGCCGGCCAGUCCGACUGGCUCGUCCCCGCCAUGUCCGUCGGCAGCACCGGCACCAUCACCGGCGUCGCGAACCUGUACCCCAAGUACUGCAUUGAGAUCUUCGAUCUCUACAACGCUGGCAAGUUCCAAGAGGCUAGUGCCGCCCAGCUGAAGCUUGCUCAGAUGGAGUGGGCGUUCGGCAAGGGUGGCAUCAACGGCACCAAGUGGGUUGUUGCCAAGUCGCUUGGCUACCCUCUGGCGAGCUGCCACUGCAGACGUCCUUACCCCCAGUACACGGAUGCCGAGAAGCAGGCCUGGAUUUCAGACCUGGUUGCUCCGUUGGCUGCGGAGGAGGCCAAGCUUAACAAGGCAUAA